AUGCCACUAACGAGUCCGAUCAUUGACUUGACGCUAGAGGGGAGCGACACGUCUGACGUAGAGCAUGCACGGGCUGACGUUAGCGCCGCCAGAGCUGACUUGGAGAACACUGGGGCUGACGUAAGCGAUACAAGGACGGGCGUGGAGGAGUCUAGAGUCCCCAUGAACAUGGAAAGUACAAGGGCUGAUGGCGUGGAGCAGUCAACGGCUGACGUGGAAACGACAUCGGCUGACGUGGAACAGUCAACGGCGGACGUGGAAGCGAAGAGAGCCAAGGUGGACGAGGCAAGGACAGACGAGCAGACCAGAGGGGGCGGGGAGGCUAUGAGUGGUGUAGGGGCGGAGACACGGGAUGAGCGCGAGGAGCGAGCAGGUGAGGCGACGGCAGGCAAGACAACGUCAGGUGGUGAAAUGGCAAUGGGGGCUGCGGAGUACGCUGGGGCGAGGGAAGGGGAGAGGGGAGCGGAUGGGGCGGAGAAGAUUGGCAAAGGGAGGAGAAAGAAAGGACGCCGAGAGGGGAGAGGAGAGGAGGAGGGGACGAUGACAGUGGCAGGCGAGGGACAGGCGGAGGCGUUGGAGGGCGGGCAGAAUGAAAACCAGGAGGACGGGCAGGAGAGGAAAAAGAAAAGGAAGAAGAAGUCGAAGGGCAAGGGAGCAGAAGGAGCAACGGGCGAUGGCGCAGCAGCGAGUCAACUGCAGGGCGACCAGUCGGAACCCCAAGGGAAGGCCCAGUCAGAGCCUCAGUGGAAAUCGGAAGCAGCAGGCGAGGCAGGGGGGGAGGCAGGCGGGGAGAGCGUGGAGAUGCGGCGGCUGUUGCGGCUGCCACGUUACUUCACACCGGCCGAGGGGCAGCACCAGUGCUACCUCUGUGGCCUCGUGCUCGCCGGGCCCCUUCCCCACGUCUGCCAGGGCGUGCAGCAGGGGGACGGGGGUGAAGGGGGAACUGGGGGAAGGGCGGGGGAGGGCGAGGGCGAGGGGAGGGUGUGCUGCGUGUGUGGGGGGUUGGGGCAUUUGGAGCGGCGGUGCCCCGAGAGGGUGAUGUGUGUGCGCUGUGGGCAGCCGGGCCACGUGGUCAGGCACUGCCCCUCCCGCACGUGGACCCGGGCGCAGGUGGCGGCUGGUGAUGGCGGGCGCAAGGGCGCUCACGGUGGCGGUGGUGGUGGGGGUGGUGGGGGUGGGGAUGGUACGGUUGCUGCUACUGGCGAUGGUGGCACUGCUACUGGCGAUGGUGGCACUGCUGCUGGCGAUGGUGGCACUGCUGCUGCUGCUGCUGCUGCUGCUGCUGCGGGCGGAGAGAAAAAGGCUGAGGUUGAUGAGGGGGCGAAGGCGGAGGGGGAGGGCGCGCAGAGGGGAGGGAGCGAAGGGGGGGCAGCGGAGUGCAUGCGGUGUGGUGGGGAGGGGCACGUGUUUGGGGAGUGCUGGCAGCCGUAUGACCCCGCUGACCUGGCGAGGGUGCAGUGCCACGUGUGCCUGCAGUGGGGUCACCUGGCGUGCGCUGACCUGGCAGACCCGCCGCCCAAGCCGUCGUGCUGCUGCUGUGGCGCCAGGGGACACCACGGCGAGGUGAGCGGCAGCAUGAAGGAGUGCCCCUCUGCUCGCCAUUUCAACUCCUUCAACUUUGCUUCACACAGCCCCGCCACCAGAUACAAGACAGCAGGUGCCGAUUCGCCUGCUGCUCACCUGAGGGCAGCGGGUGCGGGCAGGGGGGCGGAGGGGCGGCGGUGCUUCCGGUGUGGCGAGGCGGGGCAUUUGAUUAAGGACUGCCCCAAGACGUUUCGCAGGGGGCGGGGCACGCAGGAGGAUGAGGGGGAGGAGGGAAGUGGAGACGCAGAGGGGGGUGGGGGAGAUGGGGGGAUUUGGGGGAGGGGAGGGAAGAAGCGCUUUGUUAAGGCUCAGCUGAGUAGUGAUGAUGAAGAGGAAGAGAUGGAUGGUGGUGGUGGUGGUGGUGGUGGUGACGGGGAUGACACGAGGUUUGUGGGGUAUGAUGACAGUGAUGAUAGUGGGGAGGAUCGUAUCAAGGAUAGUAUCAUGAUUGCCGCCCGCUUUGACACCGGGAGAGGCGGCAAACGGCAGCAGGGGCAGAGAGGGCUGUGGGGGCGGAAGGGGCAGCAGGGGCAGAGAGCGCAGCACAAGCGGUUCUGGGACAGUGAUGAUGGUAGCCACGGCAAUGGCAACCCCGGUGGCCAUGAGUAUGAGGAGGAGGACGAGGAGGGUGGGUGGAGGAAUGUGAGGGUGGCAGGGCAGGUGGAGAGGAAGAGACGUGGGGGUUGGGAGGAGGAGGGGGAUGACGGUGCUGGGCGGGGUGGGAAGAGAGGGAAGCGGCAGCAAUUUGAGGGGGGUAGGUCUGCUUGGGAUGAGGAUGAGGAGGAGGAGGAGCUUUGGGGAGGAGGAGGGGGGAGGAGGGGGGGCAGAGCGAGCAACGGGAAUUUCGGGGAGGAUGGAAAGGGUUGGGGGGGUGAGAGGGAGAGAAAUGCAGAGGGGUGGAGUGGAGCGAAAAAGGGGAGGUGGCACAAGGGUGGUGGCGAGGCGAGGGCUGCAUGGGAGAUGGGGACAGGGGGCAAGCAGGGAGGCUCACAGGGGAAGGGCGGAGGGAGCAAGAAGGAGAAGGGGGCAGGAAAGGGAGGGUGGGCGGGCAGCAAGCACUUGAGCGGUCAGAAGAGGAAGCGCAACGAGGGGAAGAAGGGUGGCAACGAGGGGAAGAAGGGUGGCAAGCCCAGGUGGACGGGAUGA